GAUGGCAGCCGAGCCAGUGCCCUCCACCUCACGAGACGCAACGACAGGCCAGGGGCCGUGGGUGCGGCCCACCAUGCCUCGCGCCUCCCCCUGGCAGUCUAGGGAGGAGCGGCACGAUGCGGCUGCCAUCCAGGCCGUGGAGCAGCAGAACGAGGACCAGGCUGCAGAGGAGAGGGAGUUCCGAGGCCGGCUCCUGGGGGUCCUGGAACGGAUCUCUGGAAGCCUUGACAGGACGGCCUCGGGACUCGAGAACACCCACAGCACCCUGGUCCAACGGCUCCUCCUGCUGGCCAGCAGGGCACUGGAGCAGCCCACAGCCCCGGCCCACCCCGCAGCCCCAGCCCACCCCGCAGCCCCGGUCCACCCCGCAGCUCUGGCCAUAGCCCCGGCCCACCCCGCUGCUCCGGCCGCAGCCCUGGCCACAGCUCCAGUCACAACCCCCGCCCCUCCUGAAACUGAACCUUAAAUUUAUUUAUUUAUUUUAUUUAUUACACAUGCCAAGCCGGCCGUUUAAUUUUGCAACCUGAGAUUGGCGCAAUCGUCAGAUUACAGCAAUUGCCAAGAGCAGGGUUAGUCCUUUUUCCUUGGCUAUGACCCGUGAAGCAAGUAGAAAAUAUUG